AUGGCUCCAUCGGAAGAAUUAAGAGAUUCUGAAAAUGUAGUUGCAGAAGGCGAUAAAGAAGAAACUGGAUCAAAUCCAAAUUCGGAAUCUGUUCAUCAGCUGGACUUGUCUUCUGAAGCACUAGUGACAUCGACUUUGAAUAUUCGAGGCAAUAAAAUCACACAGUCUCUCCGUCCGCGAACUUCCCCUCUUAAUCGCAACAUUGGAGGUCAUGAUUUGUCACGAGAAGAUCUUCGGUCUCCUGAUUCGGUGGCAGCAACUUACACAAUUCGAGAGAAUCGAACAGAAAGACAGACAAAAGUGAAAUUAGAAAGUUUGGAGCGGCGACUGAAAGCAAACGAAAAAGCGAGAAAGGAAAUUGAAGCAGAAGCGGAAAAAUGGAAAGAUCGGGCAACAAAAAACUCGAGACGACUUCCUGAGCUGGAGUUGGAACUAGCGGAAAAUGUUCAAGCAAAAGAGGAAUGGCAGGUUAAAAGUCAGGAAUCGGAGAUUCAGAAUAAGCAGUUGGUAGAAGAGUUGACAAAGCUUCAACAGAAAUUGGAUGACGUUGAAAGUUCCCAGAAGACGUUUCAACAAAAAAUUGUUUCUGCAUUUGAUAUUGACCAAGAAGAUUUGUCAAAAAUGGAGAAUUAUUCAAGUGUUGGGAAUUUCGAUUUCUUGGAGAAAGAGAUGCUGAAUUAUAAAAAGAAAUGUUCGAAACUAGAACAAGAAAACAUAAAGUUGAAGGAAAAGUUGCAACAGUUAUCAUCCAGCCUCACUCUGAAUCAAAACCACGUAUCCACAUUGAUGGAUCACUUGGAAACGAAUAAGGAACAAAGCAGGGAGAUUCAUGGAAUAUGCAGAAAAGAAAUUGAAAUCCGCCAAGAUCAUGAAAGCCGUAUCAAUCAUGAUGUUGCUCUUUUGACUUCUACCAUAAACGAACAGAAAAUGGAGUUGGAGAUGUUGAAAGCAGAGAUCAGAUGCCUUCGUUCAUAUUCUCAGGAGAUGUCAACUUCGAAUAAAAAUAAUAUAAUUCUUCUAAAAUCUGCAGAAACAGAGAGAAAAAGUUUCCUGGAAACUUUGAGUGUUCUUCUAAAUUCUGAUGUUGAACCAACUGAAAACAACGUUAAACGAACGAUACGAGAUUUGGUUCGAGAGAGAAAUACAGAACAAACAAAACGUUUCGAAGCAGAAAAAGCCGCUUCUUCAGCUGAAGGCGUGCUUUUGGAGCAGGCGAAGCAACAGAGAAAUGCACUGUUUAGAGCAAGAGUUUCAGAAGAAGAGUGCUCGAAAUCUGCAGAGAAAAUUGAAGAGUUGGAACAGGAGCUUCUGGCUAGUGACCUCGAAAGAAAGAAUCUAGAACACAAAAUUGCCACUUUGGAAAACUGUAUUUCAAAAGUAUCCCAAUUGUUAAAUGUCAAUGUGGGCGGAGUGUUCGAUGUAAUUUUCGACCGUAUUGAGGAAUUGAUUGCUCAAGAAUCAGUGUAUCGAGUUGUGGUAAACGAUAAUCGUUUCAUUUCUGAAAAUCUUCUUCGCGGACUUCAAAGUGUCCGAAAAGAUAUUCAAGUGGGAAAGAGCGGUGGAGUAGAUGGAAGAAAACAGCCAACGUCUCCAACAAUUGUAGCUACAGCAGCGAAAAUUAUUCAGGAACGACAUACUUUGAAAACCAUGGACAAGAUGGAUAAGUUGAAUAAGGAUCUUUUAGCAACGAUGACACUGGAGACAUUGAGAGCCGCUGACAUAGAAAAGACCAAUUUAAAAAAAAAAAUGAAUGAGCAAGAUGCUCGAAUUCGUCAAUUGGAGAGGGAAAAGAAAGAAGGAGAACGAAUCAGAUCAAUAAUUCAAAAAUGGGAAAGAAGAAAUGUUCCAAAAUCGGAGAAGUCUCUUUUGAGAAAAGCACCAUCUGUCGAGCAUCUUCGAACCAAAUCUCAAACUUCUAUAACCGGAUUGUCGCCAGUCUUGUAG